UGUCAGCUGCAAGUCCACUAUCGGUAGCACCCGUCGCCUGUAUGUGGCGCAUGACAGGUCAAGCCACAUCAACCUGACACUUCAUCUGCUGCUGAAUGGACAGUCCACAGUAUUAUAGCUAGACUACUAAAGUUGGAGGUACAAAAGACGCUAUAGGCAUGGACAAGAUCACUUUCGUCACUGGAAAUAGCAACAAGCUGGCAGAAGUCCAGGCGCUGCUACCACACAUCACGCUCCGCUCACAGUCGCUUGACCUGCCUGAACUACAAGGCACAGCAGAGUCGAUUGCUACAGAAAAGUGCAAGACUGCUGCACGACUUGUUCGAGGUGCCGUCAUUACGGAAGAUACAAGUCUUGAGUUCAGAGCUCUUGGUAGAUUGCCAGGCCCGUACAUCAAAUGGUUUCUAGAGAGCUUGGAACUUGAUGGCCUCAACACACUGCUAGCUGGUUUUGAAGACAAACGAGCGACAGCACUGACCAUCUUUGCCUAUGCACCUGGUCCAGACGUCGAGCCGAUCUUGUUCGAGGGACGUGCAGAGGGUAAAAUUGUACCUGCAAGAGGAAGUACGCAAUUUGGCUGGGAUGCCAUCUUUGAAAGCAAUGAUCUGGGUCAAACAUUUGGCGAAGCCACAAGAGAAGCAAAGGGCAAAACCAGUCAUCGAGGUCGAGCCAUGCAAGUCAUGCGACAACAUCUAGAAAGCUUAUAAACACAA